AUGAACGCUGGCAGGGGGCGCAGGCGCACAUCUGAAGAUCAAACUGCCCGGAUGCUUGUUGAAAAUGUGAACAAUUUGGACAUCGACGAAGACGAUUACGACGAUGACGGGCAUUUCGAUUUAGAUAGUCACGUGGAGUCCGUUGAUCUCCUUCCACUUGAGAAUGCGCUUGCGCACCAUACGGAGAAGUAUGACGCACUAAGGGAGAGUCAUCUGGUGGUAAGGAGGGGACAACCCUUCUCUAUCCUUGUGAGGUUUACCGGAAAAUUUAGUGCCAAGAAUCACUCAGUCAGAAUCGUCUUCAAGACUGGCCCGACUCCUCGGCCCGGAAAAGGUAGCCAUGUCCAAUGUAUACUCUCAUCAAAGUCCAGUCAACAGGACUGGACAGCGGUCAUUGCCAGCAGACAAGGACAAAAUGCCCUGAAGGUGUCAAUUUUUCCUCCAGCGAACUGUAUUGUUGCAUCAUGGCGGUUAGUUCUUGAGAGUAUUGUGGAGAGAAGCGGUCGUCCCAAGGCGUAUAAAUACAUUCACCCCAAACCAGUACACAUCCUCUUCAAUCCUUGGUGUAAAGAUGAUGCGGUGUACCUCGACGAUCCCAAUCUUCUCAACGAAUAUAUCCUCAACGAGAGUGGCGCCAUCUUCCAUGGAAAUUACAAACAGAUUGGCGCCAAACCCUGGUUCUUCGGACAAUUCGAGGACGGCAUUUUGGAGGCAUCCCUACAUUGCAUACAGAAAGGGUUCAACUCCAACUUCUGUCAGGCGAUGGGAGACCCCGUGAGAACAUCACGGAUCAUAUCCAAAAUUGUGAACUCGUCUGACGACGGAGGGGUAUUGCUGGGCAACUGGAGUGAGGAUUACACCGGAGGAAAGUCCCCAAUGGCAUGGAGCGGAAGUGUCGCCAUAUUGAGAGAGUAUAUGAAAACCAAUCUUCCGGUUAAAUUUGGCCAAUGUUUCGUAUUUUCCGGGAUAGUAACAACAAUUUGCAGAGCUGUGGGCUUGCCUUGUCGAAGUGUAACCAAUUUCGCAUCUGCGCAUGACACAGACGGAAGCGUGACAAUUGAUUUCUACUGGGAUCUUGAUCAGAAAGAAGUUUUGAGCGGAAUUGGAGAUUCGAUUUGGAACUUCCACUGUUGGAAUGACGUAUGGAUGAGGAGAGACGACCUCCCUGUCGGAUACAGUGGCUGGCAGGUAGUAGACUCUACCCCACAGGAGCGCAGCGACGGUAUGUUCCAGUGCGGACCGACAUCUCUCCGAGCGAUUAAGGGAGGGAAAUGUGACAUGCUGUACGACUGUCCAUUUGUCUUCGCAGAGGUCAACGCAGACAAGGUCAACUGGACACGUGACACGGACAAACAGUGGAUUGUCCUCAGUAUGAAUUUGUCGGCAAUUGGGCGAAAUAUAAGCACAAAGAUUCCGGAUGGAAAACCUUUGAAACCGGAACUGACGUACACAGACUCCAUCCGCCAGGAUAUUACAGACGACUACAAACAUCCGGAGGAAUCCGAGAGAGAACGAUUGGCGGUCAUUUCAGCAAGCCGAUCAGCCGCCUCGAAGAAACCUGUCUACAACAAAGGCAUUCAGGAUGUAAAGUUUGGAGGAUUUCUUCAUAGAGACAACAUUAUCGUUGGCAGGCAGUUCGAUGUCAAAAUAACGUUUCAAAAUAGCAGCCAAUCACGAAGGACGUUACAAGGAAAGUUUAUCUGUGAAACUGUGACUUACACCGGAGAGAAGCUUGGGGUCGUGAAGAAACAGGAGUUCAGCACACCACUGGCACCAAUUACAGACGGGGAAAUGUCGAUGGACGUGCAUUAUGCAGACUAUAUGAACAAAUUGACGGAACACGCGGCUAUGAAGGUGAUUGUGGUCGCUAAAGUGAUGGAGACUGGUCAAGUACACGUUUGGCAGGAUGACUUCCGGUUGAGACGGCCUGAUCUGUCGGUUGAGAUAACAUCGCCCUCGUCGCGGACGUCGCAGCCUUUUGAAUGUCGCAUUUCGUUCCUGAAUCCCCUAAACCAGAACCUCACGCGCUGUACAUUGAUGGUGGAAGGUCCGGGGCUUGACGCGGAAAAAGAAUUCAUUAUUGCUGACGUAGGCGCUGGUGAAACAUGGGUUGCCCUUUUGACCCUAACUCCAAAGAAACCAGGACGUCGACAAGUGGCCGUGACUUUCAACUGUGACCAGCUGAAGGACUUAAAUGGUGUUACCGAAAUCAACAUCACGAACUGAUCGAGUGACCGAUACUAGCAUCACAGACAGUCAUCUGUACAUCUAUUUAAAGCUUCAAAUGCAAAUAUAUCAAUAGUUGGAUAUAAUAGCCAUAAGUCAGUGUAAUCAACUGUGCAUUUGAUACAGUGUACGUAACAUUGGAAAUCGACCGCAUUGUAUACGUAACGUAUAAGUUGCAAUGUGCAAUGUCGUUUUAAAUUCACGGUGAAAGGCACAGACGAUGGUGUUUUUUCUCACGACCCUCCACCCCCAACCACACACUUAAUUUCAUUGCGAUAGAAUGUUUUACUUUACACAGUUACACAACAGGAUAUUAUAAAUAUAAAAUCCGUACCCAUACCGUUAGCUUGUGACCAUGUAUAUAUUACAAAAAAGCUUUCUAUAAUGUAGAUCAACGUAAAUGUGUAAACGUAAAUGAUAUCCAGUUGAAGCUGGAAGAUUUGAAACGUAUGGCAGUGUAGUGCCCCCUCCCCAGCCUGAGAAUUGCAGUGUAGUGCCACC